AUGAUUUAUGAGGCGUACAAGUACUGGGUGUGUUCGCAACUCUUCCCAUAUUACGACAACGGCAGACAUAUCAAGCCUUGUCGACGAUUCUGCCACGAGGUGGAGCAGAAGUGCCCUUACCUCCUACCCAAGGAUAAACCUGUUGCUGGAGAACCUACUUUCCUAUGUGAAGAUCCCGCUAUCGGUGAGCUGGAGAACCAAGAGUCGUCUUACGGCAAGGAUUCGUGUUGUUACAAGUUGUCCACGCAUCCCCCGCCCAUGUGCAGCUUCAACGAGAGCCCAGCGGAGCACCAAACCCCCGUCCUCUGCUCCACUUGCCCCACCACUUCCGGCACCCAUGAGCGCCCAUCUGAUAACCAGUGUCUUUCAGCCAUUGGCGCGGACUCUAGUUUACGUCAGUCUCACUCUAGCACAGCUGCUCCCUCAAGCAGUGGCAGCUGUUCAGUUAUAUCUAGAAAACAUUGUUGGACUCAGGCCGUGCGAGGCGAGCAUGCCUGCACAGUUGUUACCGUUGAACUCAUGUUCCCUUCUGUGCGCCAGUGUACCUCGGUGUCCCUUUCUCUAUACCUUUACACCGCUCCGAUUCAUACAAAAUGGCUUGCACUCUACCUUAAGUUCCGUAGAACAGUUAUGUAG